UAAAAUGGAAAUUACCAUCCGUCACCGUGGGUAAGGGGAUUUCAGACGGUCACGCGAUUUUCAUAAACUUAACUGCUAAGGUUUCGUUUUCCAUCCUCGUACUUUUUUUAAGACAAACCCGGCAACUGCUGAGUAUAGCAGUCAAAAGAAGAAAAAAUGGAGAAUUACGACACUAAGAAAGAGCAGAGGAAGGAGAACAGCGGAGAAGAGAUUGAUCUUGAUAAUCAUCAGCAGGGUGUUGGAGCUAUUUCUUUGAAUGAACUACCCGAAGGAUGCAUAGCCGAAAUUCUUUCAGCCACCACCCCUGCUGAUGUUUGCAGAUUCUCCCGUCUUUCUUCAACUUUCAGAUCAGCUGCUGCUUCUGAUAGCGUCUGGGACAGUUUCCUGCCCUCUGAUUAUCAGACCAUUUUAUCAGCAUCAUGUGCUCAUCAGGCUGACUCCUCUUCCCUCACUUUCUCCUCCAAGAAACACCUGUUUUUCUAUCUUUCUCAUAAUCCUAUCCUUGUUGAUGAAGGCAAAAAGAGUUUUUCACUGGACAAAAGGAGUGGCAAGAUAAGCUAUAUGAUUGCUCCAAGGGAUCUACUGAUUGCAUGGGGAGAUGUACCGGCUUAUUGGGUUUGGAUUUCCCAUCCUGAAUUCAGGUUUAAGGAGGUGGCAAAGCUAAAUCAUGUGUGGUGGCUUGAAAUCCGUGGCAAGAUUAGUACCUACAAGUUGUCGUUACAUACAAACUAUGCAGCUUACCUUGUGUUCAAGCUGCGAUACGCCUUCGGCUUUGACAACCAUCCUGUAGAGGUUUCACUAAACACUUGGAGUCGAUUAAAAUUUGUACAAAAUCUGUUAUUCUAGAGCC